UUUUUUUUAAAUCAUUUAAAAUAAUUGACGUGACUAUUAACUACAGAUAAAUUAAUAAAGUAUAUUAACAAAAUCAUGAUAUCCUCACCCUGAAGGCCCCAACCCCCUCUCCUCCCUCCUUCCUCCUUUAUUUUGGGGCUUUCAUCAUAGUAAGAAAAGCAAAUUACAUGUGUUGCAAUAGUUUGACUAGGUUAAUCCCUACAAAAUGAAAAAGGAGGGAAAAAAAAGGAAUAAAUAAACAAAACAAACACCAAUAAUACACACUUCAAAUUCUUUAUUUCUUUUUCAUAAAGUCAUAAAAACCAAAGUCAUAUUGAAGUCAAGACCACUGUUACAUUUAUAAAACCCAAAAUCCAAACAAACCCUUAAACCUCACCAAUUACCUCCUUUUCUCCCCAUUCUCUCUCUUCUUUUUUCCUUAGCUUCCAAGUUCUAAGCAUUAUUUGUACACCCUUUUAUUUUCUCUCUCUAAAAUCCUGAAAAAUUCACUUUUUUCUCUUCAAAUUUCAGAGCUUUUUCUGAAAUCUUAAAAUCCUCUGUUUUUUUCUCUGUUUUUUUACUCUGUUUUUUGGGGCCUUUUCUGUUUUUUAUUGGAAAAUGGGAAGAGCACCUUGCUGUGAUAAAGCAAAUGUGAAAAGAGGGCCCUGGUCUCCUGAAGAAGACGCCACUUUGAAGAAUUAUCUUCAUAAAAAUGGCACUGGUGGUAACUGGAUUUCUCUCCCUCAAAGAGCUGGUUUAAAGAGGUGUGGAAAGAGUUGCAGAUUAAGGUGGUUAAAUUAUCUAAGGCCAGACAUAAAACAUGGAGCUUUCAGUGAAGAAGAAGAUAACAUCAUAAUCUCUCUUUUCUACAAAAUGGGGAGCAGGUGGUCUGUGAUAGCUGCCAAUCUACCAGGAAGGACAGAUAAUGAUGUGAAGAAUCAUUGGAAUACUAAGCUUAAGAAGAAGCUUUUUGGUGGAAGCAACAACAAUAUUAACAAAUUCAACCCUUCUAAUAUCCCAAAAAUUGAUGUUCCUUUUACUUAUAACAACAAUAUUUUUAACAAUAAUCACACCAUUUUUCAAGCUCCUAAAUCUUCUUCAACUCCUUCAUCUUCACCUUCUCCUACACCUAGCUAUGUUGAUACUGAUCAUAGCUUUAAUCAUGAUCAUAAUCAUAAUCAUAAUCAUAUGUAUGUUCCAAUGCCUAGCUUUUCAAAUUUGUUGGCACAUUGUAGCACAACUACUUCUCCUAUGGCAUUACUGCCUAAUUAUGCCAAUUUGUCGAAUAUGGAUAACCCAUUUAACCCGGUUCCUAGCCCGAAUUACUCAUCCGGUCAGUACCCGCUUCACCAAUCUAGCUCCGCCCUCACGGUUCAUGAGAAUGUGGGCCCUCCGGAGGAAGGUUCUAGUGUAUCCGGAUCGUCGUCUGCUGUUUAUGGAUCGAGUUUGGAGGAUGACCUGUUUUUCGCCGAGUUAGGGUUCGGGUUGAUGCAAGAAGUGAUGAUGAACCCGAAUUGUGGUUAUGGUGAUCAAGAAGAUAUUAAGCCUCAAGGACUUGGUCAAAGUGUGGCUAAUUGAUUAUUAUUAUUCUGACUUAUAGGAGAGAUCAAUUAGGCAUCUUAAUUAAGUUUGCUUGUUUAUUGUUAAUUAAUAACUACUAGUAGUAUACUUUUAGUAUUUUAGUAAAUUAGCAAGUUUUAUUAAACCUCCUCAUUUGGUUGUUCAUAGUAGGGGACAAUGUAAUGUGAAUCUGAUUGAAGUAAUUGAUUAACCAAAAAAAAGUUGAUAUUGCAUGUUAUCAAAUAUCAAUACCUCCAUUUCUAUAA